GGGUCGGCCCGCCCUGCCAGCCGGCCGCGGGGCUCCCGCUACGCCUGCUUGGUGGGACCGCUGCGCACGCGGCUGCUUCGCUGUCUCCGCUCCGAGCGCCGGCCUGGGCGCCCGCCGCCAGCAUGGAUGCUCGCCGCGUGCCGCAAAAGGAUCCUAGAGGAAAGAAGAACUUGAAGAAAUUCAGAUAUGUGAAGUUGAUUUCCAUGGAAACCUCGUCAUCCUCUGAUGACAGUUGUGACAGCUUUGCUUCUGAUAAUUUUGCAAACACGAAACCUAAAUUCAGGUCAGAUAUCAGUGAAGAACUGGCAAAUGUUUUUUAUGAGGACUCUGAUAAUGAAUCUUUCUGCGGCUUUUCAGAAAGUGAGGUGCAAGAUGUGUUAGACCAUUGUGGAUUUUUACAGAAACCAAGGCCAGAUGUCACUAACGAACUGGCCAGUAUUUUUCAUGCCGACUCUGACGAUGAAUCAUUUUGCGGUUUCUCAGAGAGUGAGAUACAAGAUGGAAUGCGGCUGCAGUCAGUCCCAGAAGGCUGUAGGACUCGCAGCCAGUGCAGACUCUCUGGACCUCUCAGGGUGGCAAUGAAGUUUCCAGCACGAAACACCAGGAGAGCAGCCAGCAAAAAAGCAGAGCCCCCUCAACCCUCAGCUAAUUCUGUGACUGACUCCAGUUCCGAUUCAGAAGAUGAAAGUGGCAUGAACUUUUUGGAGAAAAGGGCUUUAAACAUAAAGCAAAACAAAGCAAUGCUUGCAAAACUCAUGUCAGAAUUAGAAAGCUUCCCUGGCUCAUUCCCUGGAAGACGUUCCCUCCCAGGCCCCAGCUCACCAUCAAAGAGACCCCGAAGGCGGACAUUCCCAGGUGCUGCUUCCAGGAGAAACCCUGAACGGAGAGCUCGUCCUCUUACCAGGUCAAGGUCCCGGGUCCUCGGAUCCCUUAGCGAUUUACCUAUGGAGGAAGAGGAAGAAGAGGAGGAGGAUAAGUACAUGUUGGUGAGAAAGAGAAAGACCAUGGAUGGCUACACAAAUGAAGGUGACACGCCGAGAAUUCGUCGCUCUAGACCCAUGACCCUUCCACAUAUAAUUCGCCCGGUGGAAGAAAUUACAGAGGAAGAGUUGGAGAACAUCUGCAACAACACUCGAGAGAAAAUAUAUAGCCGUUCACUGGGCUCUACUUGUCAUCAGUGCCGCCAGAAAACUAUUGACACCAAAACAAACUGCAGAAACCCAGACUGCUGGGGUGUCCGAGGGCAGUUCUGUGGUCCCUGCCUUCGAAACCGAUACGGUGAAGAGGUCAGGGAUGCUCUGCUGGAUGCGAACUGGCAUUGCCCACCUUGUCGAGGAAUCUGCAACUGCAGUUUCUGUCGGCAGCGAGAUGGACGGUGUGCGACUGGGGUGCUUGUGUAUUUAGCCAAAUACCAUGGCUUUGGGAAUGUACAUGCUUACUUGAAAAGUCUGAAACAGGAAUUUGAAAUGCAAGGAUAAUAUCUGAGAGAUUUGCUGCCUGCCUUCCACUUCUCAAAUCUCUCUUAUUAAAGUUUUCAAGUUUUCAAUUUUGUCAUUGAUUGAAACCUGAAUCAAGAAUCUUGAUGAUCAAUCUGUUUUUUAGGAAACUCAAGUUAAUCCCACUAGACCCAUAUUUCUGGAGCAUCAUGGAAGGUAUAUUGCUAGUUAUACUUUGCCCUUCUGCAGUUUCUCCUCUGCCUCCACCGGGCCCCACCUCAUAGCAUUCCCCUCUAUUUCUAAUGGUCCUCUUCUACUGCUUAGUUUCUGAAUUCUUUUUAAAUGACAAUUUUAUGAAAGUGCAUUUGAUUUAGUUGGCGUUGAAAUAGCUCUGGAAUCAACCCAUCAAACCUAAGCACUUAGAAACACAGUAAUCAUGUUAACUAACUAGAUCUAAUGAAUUUCAGAGGACAGCCCUCUAACUUGUUUACACAAAAGCAAUGGGUAUGAUUUAGUCUUCGUACUAGCUGACAUUUUUAACAUCAAGGCACAAAAGUCUUAAAAUCAUGUUGCAAAGUGGGGAGUAUAUCACCUCAGUUGCCUCUCAUGGGAGUAUUCAAUGAAUAGUGCUUACAUGGUGCUUAUUAUACAACUGAGACUUAGUCGCUGCUAGUUUCUUCCACCGCAAGGUUAAGUGGUGUGUCUGGCUUCUGCAACCAUGAUCCAAAGGUUUGUGGGCAACGUUACGCUUAAAAUUAUUAUAGAAAAGACAUUCUGAGAAAUUAGGAUGGUGAAGCUUCAGGAGCAGGCUAAUUUGAAUUCUUGGUUUAAAAUUUUAGUGUAAUUGUAGUUUGGCCAAGUUUCUUUCAGUUCAUAUGUCAGGUAUUUCAAAUAAAUUCUUGGACCAUUUUGCAUGGAAACGAUAUUAAUAACUAGUCUGUGGUUCUUUGCAGUUCUUGAAGAAAUUAUAAGCUAGGCAUAGGGUUCAUGUUUAGGUUGUAAGCACUUUUAUGACAAUGAGAAGUGCCUUUUGGAGAUGGGUGACUUUGAACGAUUUGUUAACUCGACAUCUGUGCCAAUUUAGCUCCUGGGCAGAUUUCAUCUGUAGGUACUCCCUUGUCUUCUGCAUUAAUCAGAUUGUUUGGUAGAGAUGGAAUCUAAGUGUUUGUGUGUCCAACUUACUUGCAUGUGUAGCUUGUUGCUAUGCCUGUUCAGUGUUUGAUGCAUAAUUGGACCUUGAAUCAUCGAAUGUAAAUACAGCUUUUGGUUUGUAAUGCUUUUAUACAAAGGUUUUUAUUUUAAUAAUAAAACUUUUUGUUCUAA